UGAUCAGCUUAUCACCAUCAGUGGCAUGGUCAUCAGAACAUCCCAGCUGAUCCCUGAGAUGCAGGAGGCCUUUUUUCAGUGUCAAGUGUGCGCCCAGACGACUCGAGUGGAAAUGGACCGAGGCCGCAUUGCUGAGCCCUGCACCUGUGCACGCUGCCACACCACCCACAGCAUGGCAUUGAUCCACAACCGCUCCCUCUUCUCUGACAAACAGAUGAUCAAACUUCAAGAGUCUCCUGAAGAUAUGCCUGCUGGGCAGACGCCUCACACUGUUGUUCUUUUUGCCCACAAUGAUCUUGUAGAUAAGGUUCAGCCUGGGGACAGAGUGAAUGUAACAGGUAAGAAUGUGGGUUUGUGACAACAGAAUAGGCGG